AUGGCCAAGGCCUUGCCGCGCCAAUCGCGGGCUGCUUCCCGUCACAGAGGCCUCUCGUCGUCCAGAAGCUCGAGCACCAUCCAUCCAUCCGCCGGAACCAUCGUCGCCAGCAGCAUGGGGAAUCAUGGCAAGGCCGUGCGUGCGUUGCUCGCCAUCGUCGCCGUCAUCGCCGCGUGUCUCCCGCAGCCGUCGCGCGCAGUAGGCGUCGCAACAGCCCCAGCGAGCAUCGCCACGCAGAUGACCAUCAACGGCCGCGCUUUCACCUUCGAGUCGCGCCGCUGUGUCAACAUCCCCGCCAUGCCGGGAGCUACGAAGGCGCGCGUGGAAGUGUCGCAGCAGCAGCAGCAGCAGCAGCAGGGAAGCGAUGCUGGCAGCGAUGCCGUCAGCGCUGCUGCGUGCGGCGCGAUCCGGUUCUUCCAGGAUCCCGGCUGCUCAGGCCAGGCGCUGGACUUUCUCCCUGUCAUGGGCGCUCAGAGUGUCAAGUACAUCCCUGGUGUUGUGACCUCCGCCCUCUGCCUCACUGAAACCUCACGACCUGCUACCGGCACCGCAGCACCUUCCAACAACAUCCUCGAAUCCUCCAGCAGCAGCGACGCCGAUUCAGAGUCUGCCCGGGUCAUACUGGAAUCCACCCUGGACGUUACAGAUCCCACUACCGGCACCUCUAUUGCAGGUGUUACAGAUCCUAGCACCAGCACCACCAUUGCCGGCAUCACAGAUCCUAGCACCGGCCCCGCCACUGCAGGCUUUACCAACCUUUCGAUAAAUCCUGGAGGGCCUGCCGCCACCGACCCUGCAGUUCCUGUGGUCUUCACUCCAGGCACUUUCACCAACGAUGCAGUGAAUCCCACGAAGUCCCCCGAGCCUACCGGCGGCGCGUAUGGCGCUUAUGGCGCUUACACUACCACCACCGUGCCGGGCUACUGA